AACGGUUGGCAAAUUUCAAAAUAGUGCCACAAAAAUCAUAAUCAAAUAAUACAGUUUAUGUUGUGUUCAAGUGGAAAUAUAAUUGUAAAUGAUAAAGUAUUUUAAUUACAGGCCUAAAUAUGGAGAGAAGUGAAAAGCUAAUCAACAUCUGGAAUGGAGAGUUUCCAAAUUACCCUCUCACUGUUGCCGAUUUGAAGAAGCCCCAUGCAAUGAUCGGUGCAUUCUUCCAAGUAUUCAACAGACUUGGGAUAGACAAUGACGCUGUGCUAUCGCCACCACCAGAAGAGGAGCGUGUCGAGAACACGACGUACUACUGGGACCUGCUGCCCAUCAUCAACAUGACGCGGGUGAUCAACCACGUGGUGGCCGUGCUGCAGCAGUCCGACAAGCUCAACAUCACCUUCCCGCUCACAAUCACUCACUUCCUGCAACCCGACGCGGCCACUUCCCACUCCAUACUGCUGCUGCUUAUCAACUUGACGGCGUUUAAUGAGAACAGGCUGAGGGAUAUUGCUCCGUAUGAGGAAGAGUUGUUUGGCAAGCGAGAACAGGUCAAAAACUUGGAAGACAAAAAGAAUAGAUUACUUGAACUGCUAAAUGAACAAGCUGAAGAGAAAGGGAAGAGGGCUGAAAGGCUUGAAAAAAUAGAACAUGACAUACAACAGUUUGAAGAAGAAUUGAAACUCGAGAAGGAAGCUCACAAUGAAGAAAAGCAGGCCCUGGAGGCCAUCUUAGAAGAAAAUCGCCAGCUGGAUCUGUUGAUCGACCAGAAGAAGUCUCAGCGUGAUGCCCUGUUGGCUGAAGUAGCAAGGAAAAAAGCACUGAGGGUGUAUGAUGCUGAAGAUAUUAAAGCUCAAACUGAACAAGCAGCACAGAAUAUGCAAGAGGCAGAAGAGAAACUUAACUCACUGAAGACAACAUUAAUGCAGAAGGAGAACAGUAUGAAGAAUCUACAGAAAAUAAAACCAAACUUUGACCUUGCCAACAACUUGCUGCAUGAGAUCAUGAAGCUUUCAGAAGCACUGAAAGAGCUGGAGCUAGGCGACCUGGACGCAGACAGCGCGGAGGGCGAGCUGGACGUGCUGCAGACGGAGCUGGCGGAGCUGCGCCACCAGCACGACGAGCUGCGGGCCGCGCGCGCCGAGCUGGCCCGCAGGCACGCCGACCACGACGCGCGGAGUAAGCUGCAGGCCACACAGCUGGAGAGUGCCAUUAGAGAAGCCGAAGAGAAAGAGAAGAAAAGCCGUGAAGACGCCAAGAAGUCUCUAGAGAUCAUUGAGGAAAUCAAAGAGAGGACGACAAAGUACGCCGAGGAGAAGAAGAGGGGCUUGGAGGAACUUGAACUCAUUGAGAGAAACUUCUGUGAACAGCUCAAGUCAUACGAAGAUGCUUUACUGCGGGUAAAAGACGAGGCUCAAGAAAAGAUCGAGGAACGAUUGAGGGGAAGGCAUCGGUAAUCUACACGGCAUAUGUUAGUAUUGAUAGCUGUUAGUUAAAAACGUUUUUCUUACCAAACUACUUACUAUAAAACUGAAUGAAAGUAUGAAUAUAAUUUGACUAUAACAGUCAAAUAAGUGAGCCACUAAAGGCCCUGUCGUGGAUUACAUGUGUUUCAAUGAUAAUUAUUAUUGAAAUGUCGCCUGGCUAUAAAUAGAUUUAAUAAUAUAAUAGUUGUUAUGAUUUCUUCAUACGUGUCAGCCUCCCUUUCAGUGGUAUUGUCUGUAAUCGUGAUUCUCGACUUUACUUGCGUAAUUUAUGUAUGGUAAGAGUUGAGAACUAUUUAAUAAACAAUAAAUUACUAA